AAACAAAACCCACGCCCAUAGAGAAAAAAACCUCUCUUGACUUGAUGGGAAAAAACAUGGCCCCUAGUUUUCUCCUCUGAGUCUUCCUUCUUCUUCUUCCUCAAUUCCAACUUUUAUCACAAUCCUUCCCCUUUUUAAACACCUUUCCCUUUUUUUCUCACCCCCCUCCUCGUUAAUCCCAAUACUGUUCUUUUCCUCUCGUUAUCUCCUCCAGAUUUUACUGUAUUCGUACGUUUACUGAGAAACCAAAUCGAACAGUGUUUGUUUCAGUUUUUUCUCUUUUCCCGAUAAACCCAGAUCGAAAAGUUUGUGUUUUUAAUCUCAGAUUCGUGAACAUUUUGAAAUGGGAACUGGUCAAGUUGUUGGUGGAAGAGUAAGGAGAGAUCUCUCGGAGAUUUCGAACAAACCGAGUCCAAAUGGGAACAUUCCGGUGAAGAAACCGAUCGUUUCCUCUCCGGAGAAUCGUUCAAACUCACGUAAGAGAAUCCAACGGCGGAGCAAGAAAGCUGUGAUCUCUCCGGUGCAGAAGCUGUUCGAGACUUGCAAAAAAGUAUUCGCAAAUGGCGAAUCCGGAAUCGUCCCGUCCGCAGAAAACAUUGAGAUGCUUCGAGCCGUUCUGGACGAAAUCAAGCCUGAAGAUGUUAACGUGAGCCCUAACAUGCCGUGUUUUCGAUCUAAACCGAUGUUACGGUCUCCACUAGUGACGUACCUUCACAUCUAUGAAUGUGAUAGAUUCUCGAUGGGCAUUUUCUGUUUACCACCAUGUGGUGUAAUCCCUCUUCACAACCACCCGGAGAUGACUGUGUUUAGUAAGCUCUUGUUUGGUACAAUGCACAUCAAAUCCUAUGAUUGGGUCGCUGAUUCUCCUCGGCAGAGUUCGGAUACAAGAUUGGCGAAAGUGAAAGUAGAUUCUGAGUUCACUGCGCCUUGUGACGCUUCUAUACUCUAUCCUGCGGAUGGAGGGAAUAUGCAUUGCUUCACGGCGAAAACCGCUUGUGCGGUUCUUGAUGUUCUUGGUCCUCCUUACUCCGAUCCCGCGGGACGUCAUUGUACUUACUACUUUGAUUAUCCAUUCUCAAGAUUCUCAGUUGAUGGAGUUGCGGUUGCGGAGGAGGAGAAGGAAGGCUAUGCGUGGUUGAAGGAGAGAGAAGAGAAGCCAGAGGAUUUGACGGUUAUGGCAAUGAUGUAUAGUGGACCAACCAUGAAAGAGUGAAUGAACAAAAGAAGAACAGAUGGUAGUUAAGCAAACCAAAAGAAGAAACAAAAAGAUCUUUCCUUUUUUUUCUCUGUGUUUUCUUGAUUUGGAUAUUUUCAGUUGAACAAAAAACAAGAUAUUUUCUGUUGUUUCUUUUUUGGCUGUAUAUAAUAAAAGAAAUCUUUCAGAAGUACAGAA